AUGACAGUUGAAUUGACAUAUGGAUAACCUAUAAAUUUCCCGUAUCGAAAUCGAAUCUGAUACAAAGUACAAUAAAUAAGGACGUUAGUUUUACAAUAAAAAAACCUAGAUAUGAGCGACUUGUCUGACUUUGGAAGUUCUAAGGCUGGAGACUCCGAACUCCAAGAUUUUCUCAUGGUAGAAAAACAGAAAGCUCAAUUCCAUGCUCAGAUACACGAGUUCAACGACUUCUGCUGGGAGAAGUGCGUGGACAAGCCAGGUGCCAAGCUGGACAGCCGUACAGAAACUUGCAUCACCAACUGUGUAGAGCGCUUCAUUGACGUAUCUCUCCUCAUCACGAACAGAUUCGCACAGAUGCUGGAAAAGGGAGGCGGCAUGCACUGACCUACUUCUCAAACUCAUUAAUUCACAACAUUGACAGUGUAGUUUAGGUCUUGAGAUGAUGUAACAUGUCGAAAAACGUUUGUUAUUGUUAAAGAUUUCUUAUAAUCUGACUUUUGCCAUGUUUUUUUAAUGUACUUAGUCAAUAAUGUGUA